AUGGAAGACUUUUCCAGUCAUAUUGUCAACUCUGAAGCAAACCUGGCUGAGACCAUCUUUGCGGCUUGCCACAAGGACUUAAAAUCUAACAGUCACCGAGAUGAGAUUGCAGCAGCACGGGCUUCUCUGAAGGAGUCUUCACCUCUUCUGCAUUCAGUUUGCUCUGCUUGCUUGGAACACUCUGAUGUCGCCUCUCUCACGGCCAGCAAGGACUCUGUUUGUCAGGAAAUACAAAAUGCUCUUGAUGUCAUCUCCAAGGCCUCUCAAGGAAUUGAACAUCCAAAAGUCCAACAGGUGCCACAGUCAGCCUCUCUCGGAAGUGCUCUCGAUGAACUUGCGAGUUUGGUUGCCUUGGAUUCUAUCACUGUAAGUGAAGAGCAAAUAAGGCCAUCCCUUGAAAAACGUUUGGAGGGAAUUAUCAGUGGGGCUGCUUUAUUAGCAGAUUCCUCCUGCACUCGUGAUCUUCACCGUGAGCGUAUCAUCACUGAGUGUAAUGCCAUCCGCCAAGCUCUUCAAGACCUUCUUUCAGAGUACAUGAAUAACGCAAAUGCCACAGCAGAUCUGGACCCCCCCACAGAUCCUAAGCCUGUGUCUGAAACGCCUAGCACUAGCAAGGGCAAGAAGAAGGGGCCCUUCCAUAGACCACCCGUGGCUAAGGAGGAGAUCCCCACGCCAGAGAUGUUUCUAGAGGUGCUCAAAUCCCAGUGGGUUCCUGAGGUGGACAAGCCAAUUGCCACCCUAGCCUUAGUGUCAGCAGUGAUCACAGGCGACAUCGCCAGCUGCCUCAAGGCAGAGAAUAACAAGGUCGAUGGUGCUGUGGUUGGAGCAGCUGAGGGACAGGCCUCAGAGGUUCGCUUGUUGCAGGACAUCUCCAAGAUCCUGGCAGCCACGCAGUUCUCGGCGGACACCACACUGGACGCAGUUAAGUAUGUGUCUUGGACAAUGUCAUCCUCAAUGGCGUCUAGGCGCCUGUUGUGGUUACACCAUUGGCAGGCAGAGUCCCGGAUGAAGUGGCACCUAACAGGAGCAGACUACACCGGUGAUAAGCUGUUUGGUACUGCGCUGGAUCCUAUCCUGGUGGAGGAUAAGAACAAGCGAAAGGUCUUCCCAGCAACUACCAGACGCUCAGACUUCCAGCAUGCACCAUAUCCCAGGAGAUCCUCGUACAGGUCGUCUGACGUGGAGACCCAGAACCAGAGGUACCAGAACCCCAGGUCCCACAGGGAGGGGGAUAGGCAGUUCCAUAGGGACAGGUUCAGAGACCAGCAGCAGGGCAAGUGGCCCUUUCGAGAAGGAGGCAGCCGGCCCUUCCGCAGGUUCAAAUGA